AUCGACCCCCAGUUCCUAUAAAUUGAACCCCUCAAUACUCCAUUUCCUCGUCAUCUUUACUUUGAUGGUCCAUACAUCCAUUUCCAUUUUCAUUUAACUUCAUUUCUCCAGAACCUCUGAUUUCUGGUACCACAUAUACGUACAAUUUCUUUCUUUCUGGGAGAAGCAGAAAUGGCGGCCAACGGCAACGCACGGGUUAGCAUGACUAACGGAGAUACGGGGAGGAAUGGGCUGGCGAAGAUUCAGACGCAGAAAAGGGCAAACGGAGUAUGCCACGACGACAGCACGACGCCGGUGAAGGCUCAGACGAUCGACGAGCUCCACUCUCUUCAGAAGAAGAAGUCGGCGCCCACCACUCCCAUCAAUCUGAUGCAGGGCUCCUUUGCCGCCGUCUCCGAGGACGAACGCCGCAAACAGCAGCUUCAGUCUAUCAGUGCAUCAUUGGCAUCGCUGACAAGGGAGACGGGACCAAAGGUGGUGAAAGGAGACCCGGCGAGGCCGUCGUCGGAGCCCGCCCGGGUUGUGGCCCACCACGUCAGCCCCACCAUUACCGUCAGCGACAGUGCUUUGAAGUUCACUCACGUCCUCUACAACCUUUCUCCUGCAGAGCUAUAUGAGCAGGCAAUAAAGUACGAGAAGGGUUCUUUCAUUACAUCUAGCGGUGCAUUGGCGACCCUUUCUGGCGCCAAGACCGGGCGUUCUCCUAAGGACAAACGUGUCGUAAGGGAUGAAACAACUGAGGAUGAUCUUUGGUGGGGAAAGGGCUCACCGAACAUCGAAAUGGAUGAGCACACGUUCUUGGUGAACAGGGAACGAGCAGUGGAUUACUUGAAUUCAUUGGACAAGGUGUUCGUUAACGACCAAUUCCUGAACUGGGACCCGCAGAACCGUAUCAAAGUCAGAAUAGUGUCAGCCAGAGCUUACCAUUCCUUGUUCAUGCACAACAUGUGUAUCCGUCCCACUCCCCAAGAGCUGGAGAACUUUGGUACUCCGGACUUCACUAUAUACAAUGCUGGCCAGUUCCCGUGUAACCGUUACACACACUACAUGACGUCUUCCACUAGCAUAGAUUUAAAUCUUGCUAGGAGGGAAAUGGUCAUCCUCGGAACCCAGUAUGCUGGGGAGAUGAAGAAAGGCCUUUUCAGUGUAAUGCACUAUCUCAUGCCUAAACGCCAAAUCCUCUCCCUACAUUCCGGUUGCAAUAUGGGCAAAGAAGGAGAUGUUGCUCUUUUCUUUGGCUUAUCAGGUACUGGGAAAACUACUCUAUCUACUGAUCACAACCGGUACCUUAUUGGAGAUGAUGAACACUGUUGGAGUGAUAAUGGUGUGUCGAACAUUGAAGGUGGCUGCUAUGCUAAGUGCAUUGAUCUCUCCAGGGAGAAGGAACCUGACAUUUGGAACGCAAUCAAGUUUGGGACUGUAUUGGAGAAUGUGGUGUUCGAUGAGCAUACUAGAGAAGUGGACUACUCUGAUAAAUCUGUCACGGAGAACACUCGAGCUGCUUAUCCCAUUGAAUACAUUCCCAACGCUAAAAUUCCAUGUGUUGCAUCACAUCCGAAGAAUGUGAUACUCCUCGCUUGCGAUGCAUUUGGUGUGCUCCCACCUGUGAGCAAGCUGACUCUGGCACAGACAAUGUAUCAUUUCAUCAGUGGCUACACUGCCCUGGUUGCUGGAACUGAAGAAGGAAUAAAAGAGCCACAAGCAACAUUCUCAGCUUGCUUUGGAGCUGCCUUCAUCAUGUUGCAUCCCACCAAAUAUGCAGCCAUGUUAGCUGCAAAGAUGCAAAAGCACGGUGCCACCGGGUGGCUCGUCAACACUGGCUGGUCUGGUGGACGUUAUGGAUCUGGGAGCCGUAUCAAAUUAGCAUACACACGGAAAAUCAUUGAUGCGAUCCACUCAGGCAGCCUGUUGAAGGCAAACUACAAGAAGACUGAGGUUUUUGGGCUUGAGAUCCCGACUGAGGUCGAGGGCGUGCCUUCAGAAAUCUUGGAACCGAGCAACACGUGGUCAGACAAGAACGCUUACAACGAGACACUGCUGAAGUUGGCCGGGCUUUUCAAAAACAACUUUGAAGGGUUCGUUGCUCACAAGAUUGGGAAGGAUGACAAGUUGACCGAUGAAAUUCUUGCUGCUGGCCCUAUAUUCUGAGCGGCAGCUGUUGAAAGAAGAAGCGAAUAUCUGAAGAAAUUGGAAUUAAAUUGAUGGACAUAACUAUCUAUGUAUAUGUCUAUCUUUUUUUCUGUUUGGUGUAAAAUCCAUUUUUUAAAUUGAAUGAAAGCAGAUAUUCUGUUUCAUGGCAAGAAGGUGUACUGAUCAGUCCUGCAAAAGUAAUGCAAUAUUAUUACCACA